GACGUUUGUUGUUUGUUUUCACUAAAAAUCUUUGAUAUAAAUACGAUAAGAUGAUCGGUGUGAGACUAAAUACGUUCAAUGAUAAUUCUGGAGAGCCCGAGCAAGAUGCUAACUCAGCAUUGACUGAAUUAGACAAAGGACUACGCUCCGGCAAAGUAGGCGAACAAUGCGAAGCGAUAGUUCGCUUCCCUCGUCUCUUCGAAAAAUACCCCUUCCCUAUACUAAUCAACUCCUCUUUUCUGAAACUAGCUGAUGUUUUUCGAAUGGGCAACAAUUUCCUUCGACUCUGGGUUUUAAGAGUGUGUCAGCAGAGUGAGAAGCAUUUGGACAAGAUUUUGAACGUUGACGAGUUCUUAAGACGUGUGUUCAGCGUUCUACAUUCAAACGAUCCUGUGGCACGAGCGUUAGCGCUCAGAACUCUUGGCGCUGUGGCGGGAAUAAUCCCAGAAAGGCAGAAUGUUCAUCAUGCUAUACGGAGAGGCUUGGACAGUCAUGACAAUGUUGAAGUUGACGCUGCCAUUUAUGCUACUACGAGAUUUGCUGCCCAUUCAAAUGUGUUUGCAGUGGCAAUGUGCAACAAGCUGUCUGACAUGGUAGAGUGCGAGAGCACAGGAGCUGAGAGACGUGCCAAGCUUGUACGGGCUCUGAGGACUGUCCAUGGAGGAGCUAUUCGUGCCGAAGGGGUGUUAAAACUUCUUCGCUCCUUGCUAGAACGGUUCCCGUCUUCGAGCUCCGUUCGUGCCGCCAUCACAGCGUUGACUGCGAUUGCUGCUGACACUGUUGUGCAUGUACCUGAUCAGGUGGAACUCCUUCUCGACAUCGCGAUGAAAGAUGCCCGUUCCGCAGUCCGACGCGCGGCCUUGGUGGGCCUACGCAAACUCGCAGAACACGCGGCGCUAUGGCCAGCAGAGUGUAUUCGACAGCUCGUCUUAUGCGCUGACACGCAGCAUACGCACGCCAUGCUCUGUUUGGAGGUCAUGCAGAUUCUGGUGCAGUGCCCCGCCGUGUGCGCGGCGGCGGGCUCGCCCCCCGGCGGCGCGGCCAGCGCGCUGCGCCAGUACUGCGGCGACGCCGCGGUCAGCGCCGACCUGCGGCAGGCCGCCGUCGCGGCCGCCGUGCUCACCAAGAUCGUGGUCCACUGCUAUGAAGAGAGCCUGCCAGUGGAAGGAGCCGAUCUGAUGUUGGCUCUAGAGUCGUUAGUCAUUGCAACAAGUUUCCCAAGCGGACAGAACAAUACCAAACCUUUGAGGAUGGCCUUGCAGUGCCUGGUACAAUUAAGCAACGCCGAACCAAAGGUGUACGCGGCUCGUACAGCAACAGUCCUAGGUUCUCAGCUUCAGAACUGCAAUUGGAAAUACGGCGGAGUUCGCCUUGCCUCGCUGCUCGAAGCGCUUGCAGCGCUUGGCGGUGGUACUCAUUGCCCGGAGUCUAUUGCGCCUGCCAUGCCAGCUCUGCUGUCUGCGUUGGAUUCGGCCGCUGAACAAGAACUAGAUGAGUCAAACGGUGGCACGUCUCUGGUACUCCUAUGCACUGUGAUCUUCCAAGAGCGAGCUGGCAAGUCCCUCAGCUGCAAGAUCAACAGCGCUUGGGAGGAACGAGUCUUGAGUGCCGUUCAAACUGCAGACGGCUGGACUAGAUACAGGGUCGCCAGAGCGGCAUUGAGAUACGGUCACCACAGACUUGCAGCAGAUAUCUUGAAGCGUUUGUCCGAAGAAGCGCCUAGCGAAUCGGCCCAGCGCUGGCUUACUGCGUUGUACCGCGCUGCUGCAGCCGACGCGAAACUGAUUGAGGAAGUCUACGCGACAUACGGCAUGGCCGCGCGCGACCCGGCAGCGAAGGCCGGCGCGUGCGCAACGGCGCUCCGGCGCGCCGCCCGCGCCGUUGCGGCCGUGGCCACGCGCUACGCCGCCAUCGCGCGCACCGCCUUCCACGCCGACGACUCCACGCUGCGCCACCUGCUUAUUUCGCAACACACUUACACGCAACUGUCGCACUUCCUGGAUCGCAUAACCUCCAGCCAACCCGAAAGAUCAACGGAGCUUACCACACAAGAAAUGAAGGCAACAACUUUAGAAGAAAUGAUAGCACUGUCAGCUAGCAAUGCGAUUACAAAGAUAUCUACAAAGCUGUUUGAUAAUCCUACUACAAAUCCUGGGAUUACGCAUCGUCACCUGGAGGCGGUGCUGGCCCUGGUGCGCGCGUGCGGCGGCGGCGCCGUGUGGCCGCGCGGGGUGUGCGCGGGGCGCGCGGGGGGCGCGCUGUGCCGCGUGUCCCUCACCCCCGCCUUCCGCGCGCCGCCCGCCGAGCACGCCGCCACGCUGCCCCAAAGCCACAAGCUGGCCCUCAAGCUCGAGGGCGUCGUGCUGCCCGCAGUACCGCUCAGCAAAAGACAAAAACAGAGACAAGUGAAAGGUGUCCAGAUAACAGUGACUGCCACGCCUCAUCCACGCACGAAUGAAAAGACUGUGGAAUUAACAAACGUGCCUCCAAUCCUGACGGCCGUACAGACUGUGACCCCAGUCCGCGAUUUCUUCUCCGCACAGCAGUUGGUCAGUGUGAAUACUGCUGGUCUCUACACUGUGGCCGUCGAGGCUGCAUUCGUCGAUGAGAAAGGAGAACUGUGGAACACGGGACCGAGGACGUCUAUUGUUAUUAAGGCACACGAAGACCCGAACUCUAAAGGCACCGUACAAAAUCAACGUGGAAGAUUUUAACCUUAAUGAUAAGCAUUUAUAUUGUUAAUAUAAAAUUUAGAUUAAAAACAGAAAAUACACGUAGUUU